AUGGUGGUGGUAGUAAUUGAUGACGACGACGAUGAUGACAGUGACAAUAAUGAUGACGGUGAUGACAAUGAUGAUGAUGAUGAUGAUGACGAUGAUGACAAUGACCAUGAUGACCUCAAGCCUGUUGAAAGUUUUCCUGCUGAAGACCUGGAAGACUCUCACUUAAAGCAGUGUUCUGAUCUGUUCUCUGGACCUUUAGUCACCUGUAUUUGCCAGACACACGACCUCUUUUCAGGUCCCCAGAAAAUCCAAGUCCAUGCCCAUUUCAGGGCUCUUGCCCGUGGCAUGUUUGUGCUGGGCCUACCCUACGCCAUCCUCCACGGCGGCUACCUGGGGUUGUUCCUCAUCAUCUUCGCUGCGGUGGUGUGUUGCUACACCGGCAAGAUUCUCAUCGCAUGCUUGUACGAGGAGAACGAAGACGGCGAGGUGGUGCGCGUGCGGGACUCUUAUGUGGCCAUAGCCAACGCGUGCUGUGCUCCCCGUUUCCCCACGCUGGGUGGCCGCGUGGUUAAUGUGGCCCAGAUCAUCGAGCUGGUGAUGACGUGCAUCUUGUACGUGGUGGUGAGCGGCAACCUCAUGUACAAUAGCUUCCCGGGGCUGCCCGUGUCGCAGAAGUCCUGGUCCAUCAUCGCUACCGCCGUGCUGCUGCCCUGCGCCUUCCUGAAGAACCUCAAGGCCGUCUCCAAGUUCAGUCUGCUGUGCACGCUGGCCCACUUCGUCAUCAACAUCCUGGUCAUCGCUUACUGCCUCUCGCGCGCGCGUGACUGGGCCUGGGAGAAGGUGAAGUUCUACAUCGACGUCAAGAAAUUUCCCAUCUCCAUCGGCAUCAUCGUGUUCAGCUACACGUCGCAGAUCUUCCUGCCCUCCCUCGAAGGUAACAUGCAGCAGCCCAGCGAAUUCCACUGCAUGAUGAACUGGACGCACAUCGCCGCCUGCGUGCUCAAGGGUCUCUUCGCGCUCGUCGCCUACCUCACCUGGGCCGACGAAACCAAGGAAGUCAUCACCGAUAAUCUGCCCGGUUCCAUCCGCGCCGUGGUUAAUCUCUUCCUGGUGGCCAAGGCGCUGCUGUCCUACCCGUUGCCCUUCUUCGCGGCCGUCGAAGUGCUGGAGAAGUCUCUCUUCCAGGAAGGCAGCCGUGCCUUCUUCCCCGCCUGCUACGGAGGCGACGGUCGCCUCAAGUCGUGGGGGCUGACGCUGCGCUGUGCGCUGGUGGUCUUCACGCUGCUCAUGGCCAUCUACGUGCCGCACUUCGCGCUGCUCAUGGGCCUCACCGGCAGUCUCACCGGCGCCGGCCUCUGCUUCCUGCUGCCCAGCCUCUUCCACCUGCGCCUGCUCUGGCGCAAGCUGCUGUGGCACCAGGUCUUCUUCGAUGUGGCCAUCUUCGUCAUUGGCGGCAUCUGCAGCGUGUCCGGCUUCGUGCACUCACUCGAGGGCCUCAUCGAGGCCUACCGAACCAACGCAGAGGACUAGCGGGCGGGACCCCUGCCUCCAGCUCCCGCCCCGCACAUCCCCAUCCUCCCUCAUUCCUCCCACCCCCGCCCCCAGCCCCGUGCGCCACCGCACUAGGGAGGCCGAGCUUUAAACACCUCUGGUUCCUAGUUGCUGAUUAUUCGGGGACGGGGUGGGGGAGGGAGGGGAUAGACAUCCAAGGUCCACUGCGUCUGCGUUUCUGUCGUCCUUUCUAUUCCACACAGCCCUGGUUUGCGGGGAGCGAGAGCAUAUUUGUGGAGAAUGUUUUCUGUCCUUCCUGGAGCCUCCCCCGCCCCAACUUUGGCUCCAGUCACCUGUAGGGGUGGGAAGGGAGGGGAAAGGGGCCCACGCAGCUCGCAGGCUCGGAAACUUGACCUUGGGGUGGGGUGGGGGACAUUUCACAGCUAUCCAGUGCUUGGAAUCUACAGCGUCCAGCCAUUUCCAGCAAGAGCGCUCCCCAUGCCCUAGACAUUUCAGCCUUGCGGCCAGAAAGGCUGGUCGGGAAAUCCAUUUCGGGCGGGCGACUUCCUUCUGGAGAAGCCGCGGCAGGAGCCUGUUUGCCUGCCGGUUUUCAGGAACCCAAACUCAUCUUGUGCAAUGUGUCCGGUUGUGGAACUGUAUACUGUGCGUGUGGUGUGCUCGUGGUGAAUAAGAUGAAAUGUAUAUCAGAAAAAAAAAUCUAUCUCUAAUUUAGAGUGCGGUGCAUAAUAAUUAUAUCCGCAAAUAAAGAAGAAACAAAGGCG